GGCUUUCCGAUCGGGUCAUUGAUUUAAGACGACAUGGAUCGGGCUUGCUUGGGCAGACCCUAAACCCUAAACCCGCUUAAACAGCGUACCUCCCCUCUCGGUCCCCCUUCUAGAAGUCGGCCCCUCUCUCUUUCUCUCUCUCUCUCUCUCGGAGCGAUCUGACUCGCCGCAGCGAUGGAGGUCGCUGGGGGUCCAUCGGCCGGCGUUGAGGCGGCCAAGAUCAGAACCAGAAGUCAGGCUACGGCGCAGGAGCAGGCUAAGGUGGCGUACGCGCUGAAUCGGGCGGUUCAUGCGCAGCUAAACCUAGAGUCGGUCAAAACCCGGGCUGUUGGCCUCUUCAACGCCAUUUCCCGGAUCCUGGAACACAUCGAUGUCUAUUCCCGCUCCAAUUCGCUCCCCAAAUGGCAGGAGACGUUAGGGCAGUUCUCAAUGGUGAAUAUGGAGCUGUUCAACAUCGUAGAAGACAUAAAGAAGGUUUCCAAGCCGUUCGUCGUGCAUCCCAAGAACGUCAAUGGGGAGAAUGCCGCAAUACUACCUGUGAUGUUAUCGUCAAAGUUGUUACCCGAAAUGGAAGCAGAGGACAACACAAAGAGGGAGCAACUAUUAAGCGGGAUAACAAAUCUCCCUGUAACCAUGCAAAUUGAAAAGCUCAAGGCUAGAAUUGAUAUGAUUGCUGCAGCCUGCGACACUGCUGAAAAAGUCAUAGCUGAUGCUCGCAAACAAUAUGGGUUAGGUUCACGCCAAGGGCCAAGCCUUGUUCCAACCUUGGACAAGGUGCAGGCUGCGAAAAUUCAAGAACAAGAGAAUAUGCUUCGGAAUGCAGUGAAUUUUGGCGAAGGAUUACGAACUGGGAGUCAGAGAGAACUUCCAUCUUCUCUUCCUAGUCAUUUAGUUGAUGUGCUCAAUUUUGGUGAUGGUCCACAGAAUCAUGGAGGAGAUAAUUCUGGCAUGCUCCAAAAGGGUACACCCCCUUUCUCAGCUGGCAAUGUCAACCCUCAAGGAGCUAUAAUGCAGAACUCUGGAGCGCAGUUAAUAGGAAGAUCAGUUGCAUCCCCCAGCGGUGGACCUGCUUCCUUUGAUAAUGCAUCAACGCCUCCUCUUCAAUAUGCUAAUUCACCUCGAUCAGGCACGAACAUGAUGAAUACACCAUCUCCUCAGCAGCAACAGCAAAGACAGAAAAUGAUGCAAAUUCCUCAGCAUCAACUCCUUGCUCAGCAGCAGUUGAGGCAAUCUACAACUGGAGUGCUGGGACAGAGCAGUAUGUCUCAGCUACAUGAUUUACAGGCACAAACUCAGCAAAAGUUUCCAUCGGUACCUAACCAGCUUCCGAUGCAAUAUUCUCAGCCCCUUGCACAGCAGCAGUUUCAGAACAGACAAUUACAACCUAGUCAUAUGCAGCUUAAUAUGGCACAGAAUCAGAUCAACCAAGGAAAUCAGUUAAGGAGCCAUUUGGGACAGUUUGCGGGAUCUGCUAACAGUGCUCUGUUCAAUGCUGCUCAGUCAUCUCCCAAUUCUCAGAUGAUAACCAACAUGUCAGCUACAAUGCAGUCACAAUCACUUUUACCACGAAUGCAGACGUUUGGUUUAUCUGGUGGACAUCCUCAAAGAAAUCAUCCUUCACAGAUGUUAAAUGAUCAAAUGUUUGGCAUGGGUGCUUCAAAUCCAGCUAGCAUGGUAGCAAUGCAACAGCAGCAAGGCGGCUUUGGUAACAUGACAAAUGCCCAGAGCUUGCAACAGAGCAUGGUUGGCCUUCCAAAUACGGCACAGAAUCCAAACUUUUCGCAGCAAAGGCAGCAGAAUCAGCAAUAAUCCCCUGACUGAAGACCAACACCAAAUGCCAGAGUGACGGGAACGCUAGGUUUACAGUAAAGUAUUGUUGACCAUCUUUGUGUGAAGCUUACGACAGGGGGCUUGUUCCUGAGUGUUG